UGAGCGGCGCGGCAGCCGGCGGCCGGCCCCGCCGCGGCAUGGGCAGCCGCGGGGUCGUGCGAUGAGCGCUCCCCCCCGCGCGAAUAUGGGCACAGCCGUGUCCAAAAGGAAGACGCUGAGGAACGAGGCCAUGUCGUCGGUGGCGGCCAAAGUGAGAGCGGCAAGGGCUUUUGGAGAAUAUCUUUCACAAAACCAUCCUGAAGGUAGAAACGGCUCAGAUCAUCUGUUAGCAGACUCCUAUAUCGGACAGGAGGACUCUCCUGAGAUGCAGCAGGCGGCACAGAACAAGCGCAGGCUCUCCGUCAUCUCGGACGGCAAGUUUGAGAGGAGCUUCUCCGAGGAGCAGGCGGAGAAGAUGCCAAGCGAGGGACCGAAGCCACGAGUCUACACCAUCUCCGGCGAGCGGCCGAUGCUGUCAGACCAUGAGAACGAAAGCAUGGAACUGGUGGUGAUGAAGGGGGCUCCCCAAGAGGAGUGCCACCACGGCCACCCUAUGCACAGUGCUGGUGGCUCUCACGGCGUGAGCAGGCAUUGCAAAGGCUGGCCGGGCAGUCGGCAGGGCUCCAAGGAGUGCCCAAACUGCACCCGACUGGCUGUCCCUUCCCAGCAUUCCUUUGACCUGGAACAGCAUCAAUCCAGCGAGACAGGGUGGCACAGGAAAAGGCUGGAGAGGAUGUAUAGUGUUGAUCGAGUUUCUGAUGAUGUACCUAUACGGACCUGGUUCCCAAAAGAGAACCUCUUCAGUUUUCAAACUGCUACUACAACUAUGCAAGCCAUCUCGGCAUUCAGGGGCUACGCAGAGAGGAAGAGACGGAAACGGGAGAAUGAUUCUGCAGCUGUUAUACAGAGGAAUUUUCGGAAGCAUCUCCGCAUGGUGGGGAGCCGAAGGGUUAAAGCACAAACAUUUGCCGAACGGCGUGAGAGGAGCUUCAGCAGGUCCUGGAGUGACCCGACUCCCAUCAAAGCUGAUUCCUUCCAUGACUCUCGAGAAAGCCAUGACCUUCAGGAUUCCUGUGGCACUUUGGAUGGUGACUUUGACUUGAACUGGGAAGCAGAAAAAGAGCUUGAAGCCAUGGCGUGUGAUGGAGAAGACUUUAUUCCACCAAAAAUAAUGCUCAUUUCUUCCAAGGUGCCCAAAGCUGAGUAUGUCCCAACGAUUAUCCGCAGGGACGACCCUUCCAUCAUCCCCAUUCUCUAUGACCACGAACACGCCACCUUUGAUGACAUCCUAGAGGAAAUAGAGAAGAAACUCAAUAUUUAUCGGAAAGGCUGCAAGAUCUGGAAGAUGCUAAUAUUUUGCCAGGGAGGUCCUGGUCACUUAUACUUGUUAAAAAACAAAGUUGCCACCUUUGCCAAAGUGGAGAAGGAGGAAGAUAUGAUCCUCUUCUGGAAGAGGUUGAGCCGGCUGAUGAGUAAAGUCAAUCCUGAACCAAAUAUCAUUCACAUCAUGGGCUGCUAUGUCCUUGGAAACCCCAAUGGGGAGAAGCUAUUUCAGAAUCUGAAAAACUUAAUGAAUCCUUAUAGGGUUGCCUUUGAGUCUCCACUUGAACUAUCAGCUCAAGGUAAGCAAAUGAUUGAGACUUACUUUGACUUCCGCCUUUACCGCCUCUGGAAGACCCGCCAGCAUUCUAAACUAUUGGAUUAUGAUGACAUUUUAUGAGCUGGAGAAGACUUUGCAAGAAGAAGUUGAUCACCAGUGUCCAAGAAGUCAUGCUUACUGCAGAGAGACUUUUUUAUUGGCACGGGGAGCCCUAGAGGAGGCAGCAGUGCUAAAGGGAGGGAAGAAGGAGCCCUCAGAAGUGUAUCAGGAGGAAAGUCUCCUGAGUCAAGAGAGACUAGAGGGAAAGGGUUUGGCACCUCGCUCGCCUCAGGUCAGAGCCAUGGUGUCUUGGGAGGAGCUGUGUGAAACGAGGACAGGAUGGAGUUCCUUGCAGAACUGAGCUGUCUUGGGUCAGAAUGGGCCAGAUUUGAUUCCAGGUCCUUUUAAAGACUUUUGAAGCUCAGGUUUUCUUACAAAAAAUAAAAUAAAUUACCCAUGCACUACAGUGAAGAAGUGACCAGCGCACAGAGGAAGGAGAGGUUUGUACUGGUGGGACCUUCUGUGCUGGGGAUCUUGGAGAGCAAGGACUGCUACACCUACUCCUGCAAGCUUAGAGCGAAACAAUCCAGUUUCAAUGUGAAUAUAUACUGGAAUAUAGAAUUGAAGUCUAACUUUUUUGUUUUGUUUAAUAGAAAAUAAGUGCAAUUUUUAUAGAGAGAGGGGUAAAAUCUCUCCUGAUAUUUAAUUAGUUAAAAAUAACACACCAGUAACCAAUAGAUGAGGUAUUUUUGGUCUGCUUGAAAAUAUAUUCAAAAUGGUAAUAUAUCUUCUGUAGACAUAUUUAAUCACCAGCAAACAUGGUUUUAACAUAACUUAGCAGACGCUGCAUGUCUGCUGCAUUGAUUAAUCCAGUUUGGUUUGGUACUUUCAGAGUAGCUGUGUUGCACUGACUGUAUGUGCUCUCACGAAUGUAUAUUUUUCCUCCUCCAGUUAGACACAACUUUGUUACUAUUUUGCUGCUUGCAAAACUAUAUGUCUUUAGUUUUGCUGGAGUAUUUUAGGUUAGAAAUACAGUUACAUGAUUGAGAAUUCAGUAAGGUCCAUUAUGGUGUAAAAAUGAAGUAGAAACUAAUAACCAUGAUAAUUACUCACUUAUGCCAGUGUUUUGCUGCGUGUCAGAAGACGAGUUCUCUUUCUCGUCUGCCGUAUGGAGCAGAGAGGCUGCAGAACCAUCCUCGGUCCUCCAAGGAGACCGUUUUACUGAAGCAUCUGGAAGAAAUAUUUCCUGAAGGAUGCAGCACGGGUUUGUAGCACGAGUUUGAAUUUUUCCCUGCGUUCACUUGAAUGCCAGUCGUUUGCGCAUACGUCACCUCUUUCCAAUGCUAAAAUGACCUGUUUGUUGAGCUCAGCUGCCAUCCUCCACAUCCCUUCUGUCAGAGCAGCUGUGGUUUGAGAACCCAGAUUUGUUGUUAAUAUUUGAGGACGUAUUUUGGAAUAGAUUAACGUUUUGUUUGUUUGGGGGGUUGUUUUGUUUGUUUGGGGAGGUUUUGUAGUCUUCAACGUGCCUGUUUAGUGGAUAAACGUUACUUAAAGCCUGCCUAAGUCACUCUGGCUAUUCUGGGGGAUUACAUGAUUUAUUUCUUAUACAAGUAAAAUAUCCUAGAGAAAACAGGGAAAGAUUACCUUGGUUUCCUGGCUUCCUGGUAUCUGAAUCAGUUGCUUGUGAAGUGAAAGAAAACACAUGUACAAAUCUUUUAAAUACUUACAAAAAAGAACUACUUGUCCUGAUCUGUAGAGGACUCCUUCCCUCCGUGACCUGUCUGUGGUUGUAGUUGUGGGGAGCAGGCCUCUGGCUAGAACUGCUGAACCCUGUACAUUUAUAGCAGUUUUAUUAGCAAAACUUUUGAAAAAAAUAAUGUACAUAUAGUAAGUAAGGAGAGGAAUGGGUGGGAGAGGGAUUGUUUGGAGUCAUUGAAAUUAGCCCAUUGAACCAAAUGGGUCUGAGCUGCUUCCCCUCGCUCUGGUUAGGAGCUGGCCUGCCCACCCUGUAGGAACUACUCGUGGUGGCUGCAUUUCAUGCUUGGCUGGACUCAUGCUCUUGACUCACAGUCAUGUUUUCCAGACCUGUUGUGAAAGGGAUAGGGGGCACCAGUCUGACUUCUGGAAGAACAUGUCAGAUCUAAAAAUAAUAAUAAUAGUAGUAAAAAAUGCUGAUUAGCUAUUACUUAGCAUGGUAGCUUCUGCCAGCUGUACUUGUGAGAGGCGGGAGUCGUAGGUGCUAUGAAAGCAAAAAGCCACGUGUCAGAGAAGAAAAUGAUAGUGGCAGGAUUAAAAUGCUGACACAAAACUCUCUCCCUUUCUGACCCUUUCACCUCCUAUGUUUAUGCUCCUAACUGGAAGAAGAUAAAUUGCUCUUCCUCUCUCCUUUCUAAAGUAAAAUUCCAAUUCAGUGAACUUGGUAGCAUGAAUGUAGCAUUGUGGAACUAUUGAAAAUCUUAUAUAACUCUGAAAGGGCCCGUUUAUGUAUCCACUUCAGUGAUUUAUCUGUAGAAUUAUUGUAUAUCUAUUAUCAUUGAGCACUUGUAGAACUAGGGUUGCUAAGUAGAAGGGUAGCUUGUACAGUCGCAGAACUUCUGUAGGAAGAUGUAUGCUUGAAUGAACAUAACGGACUGUUUUACUGGUGCAGUUGACUAUAGUAUAGUAUAAUGACAAAUGACGAAUGCAUUUCUCUCUUUUCCAAAGAUCUAUAUUCCACGUAGUUUGUGAUAUUAUGACAUGAGCAUAUUAUUUCCUUUGUAGUGUUCAUUUAACUAAAGAGAUGAAGUACUUUAAAACUGUAAUUGGAAAGAUAAUAGAAUUUUGAUGUUUGAAGUCCUUUGUGCAAAUAGCAUCACUGGAGUUAACCACUUUGGAAAAGGAAAAAAGAAAAAGUCUUCCCCUUUUAA